AGGGGAGCGGCUCUGCUCGGGAGGAGCCUGUCCAGCGUGAGACAGCACAUUCCCGCACCGCGGCAGAGAUCCGGCUGCAGUCGCAGGCACCACACAGCAGCAGCAGCCAUUUGGGAUCCAGCUGCUCCGUGAGCACCGGGCUCUUUCCCCCUCCUCCCUGCAGCCCCGGCCCCAGCGGCCCGAAGCUCCUUCUGCAGGUGCCCGGCGGCACGGCCAGAGCUGCAAUGUCAGACAAAAGUGAUUUAAAAGCAGAGUUGGAGCGCAAAAAGCAGCGGUUAGCACAAAUAAGAGAGGAGAAAAAACGGAAGGAAGAAGAGAGGAAAAAGAAAGAGGCUGAUCUUCAACAAAAGAAAGAACCAACCCAGGAGGAUUCAGAUCUAGACCGCAAAAGAAGAGAGACUGAGGCUUUAUUACAGAGCAUUGGUAUAUCCCCAGAACCACCUCUAGUCCCAACCCCUAUGUCUCCCUCUUCGAAAUCAGUGAGCACUCCCAGUGAAGCUGGCAGCCAGGACUCAGGAGAUCUGGGACCAGUAGGAAGGACCCUGCAAUGGGACACAGACCCCUCAGUGCUGCAGCUCCAGUCUGACUCUGAACUUGGACGCAGACUGCACAAGCUAGGUGUGUCAAAGAUUACCCAGGUUGAUUUCUUACCUCGGGAAGUGGUGUCCUACUCCAAGGAAACACAGACCCCUCUGGCAACACAUCAAUCUGAAGAGGAUGAGGAUGAUGAAGAGAUGGUGGAACCGAAAGCACAGAAUGACUCAGAAAUGGAAAAUCAAGAGCAGAAACAGGAAGUCAAAGAAGCUCCUCCUAGAGAACUGACAGAGGAAGAAAAACAACAGGUUCUCCAUUCAGAAGAAUUCCUGAUAUUUUUUGACCGGACAAUACGUGUAAUUGAACGAGCUUUGGCUGAAGAUUCAGAUAUAUUCUUUGACUAUAGUGGCCGAGAUGUGGAAGAGAAGGAUGGAGAUGUUCAAGCUGGAGCCAACCUUUCCUUUAAUCGUCAGUUCUAUGAUGAGCAUUGGUCCAAGCAUCGUGUUGUCACCUGCAUGGAUUGGUCUCUUCAGUACCCAGAGUUGAUGGUUGCUUCUUAUAAUAAUAAUGAAGAUGCUCCACAUGAGCCUGAUGGGGUGGCCUUGGUCUGGAACAUGAAGUUUAAGAAGACCACACCAGAAUAUGUUUUCCACUGCCAGUCUUCUGUGAUGUCUGUCUGCUUUGCUCGCUUUCAUCCAAACCUGGUUGUUGGAGGAACUUACUCUGGGCAAAUUGUCCUGUGGGACAAUCGCAGUCACAGGAGAACUCCAGUUCAGCGUACCCCCCUUUCUGCUGCAGCACACACGCACCCCGUGUACUGUGUGAAUGUAGUUGGAACACAGAAUGCGCACAAUCUCAUUACAGUUUCCACAGAUGGCAAAAUGUGCUCCUGGAGUCUGGAUAUGCUCUCAACUCCACAGGAGAGUAUGGAACUGGUGUAUAAUAAAUCCAAACCGGUGGCAGUCACAGGAAUGGCUUUCCCAACAGGAGAUGUCAAUAACUUUGUGGUGGGCAGUGAGGAGGGGACAGUCUACACAGCUUGCCGUCAUGGAAGUAAAGCAGGCAUUGGUGAAAUCUUUGAAGGCCACCAAGGGCCUGUCACAGGAAUCAAUUGCCACAUGGCAGUGGGCCCAAUUGACUUUUCCCAUCUCUUUGUUACAUCGUCAUUUGACUGGACAGUCAAACUGUGGACUACAAAGCACAACAAGCCGCUCUACUCCUUUGAAGACAAUGCAGACUAUGUCUACGAUGUCAUGUGGUCACCAGUGCAUCCCGCGCUCUUCGCCUGCGUGGACGGGAUGGGGCGCUUGGAUCUGUGGAACCUGAAUAAUGACACCGAGGUUCCAACAGCCAGUGUGACCAUCGAAGGAGCUUCUGCCCUCAAUCGUGUCCGUUGGGCGCAAGCUGGGAAAGAGGUAGCAGUUGGUGAUUCAGAAGGCCGCAUCUGGAUCUAUGAUGUUGGAGAGUUCCUGACUUGGAACCAGAUUCAAAGCUGAACUAGACGAAAGGGCUCUUACUGAAAUGUGGAUCAGAUAUUUAGGCCUGACUCUGCAGACACAUUCUACACAUGAUGAAGUUUAACCUGUAAGUAGGACACAUGGGAUACUUACUCGCAUGCUAACAUUUGCUUAUCUGUUUAAUAUUUGCUAAAUUGGUACCUCAAACAGUACUGCAUACAGUAGACUUUUCUCUGCUUCCACGGGUUUCGCUACUUGCCAAAUAUGUACUGAGAGGAUGGUUAAACAAUUUGUUAUCCAAGAAUCCAAAAUACUCUUAUAGCUUUGUCAUUUCCUAUUUCCAAAUGAAAGAAACCUACCUUAAUUUGGAUAACUUAUAAAAAAGGAAUAAGCUUUCAGAUGAUUGUGUAGCAGUCACUUAGGAUCAGCUGUCUUUUUCUUAUAUUUUUAGUCAGCAGGGUAUAUUCUUCCAUAUAAGGUAUAUACAAGGUAAAUCAGACUUAUUAUAGACUAAUAACAUAUAGUAUGCCCACUUAGUGUACUACACUGCUUCAUGUCUCAAAACAGUUCUUUUUCUAGUACCAAACCCUGCAUAAUGUCUUUAAACAGUUCCUUUUUCAUACUACCAUCCAGGGAAAGAUCACAGGCUUUAAGAAAGCAGUAAAAAUGUGCAUGGUUAAUUUGGAUGCUGUUGCCAUUUGAGUUGAUGAAAGUGUACUUUGAGAAAACUACUUAGAUUUCUCCACAAUUGUAUCAGUUCCAUUUUGCAUUAUCUCUCAGAAAUUGUGAUGUUGGAUCCAGCUGGAAAAAAAUGUAUUAUUUUGCUGUAUCACUAAAACAGUUUGUCUGGGAGUUUUGGCUAUUUAGACAACAUAUUCCUUUUGUAGCCUAAUGUUUGAUGAGUCUUUAUUCAAAACAUCAGUGCUAUUAAAUAGAAAAGAAUCUUUUGUGAGGGUUUAAAAAUCAGAUCAGUAAUGCAGUAUUUAGUUGGUUUAGCAUUAAAUUUCACAUUUGGAUUACUGCCUUUCCUGUAACUGGAGGUUUCAAAUGAAGGUUAGGAAAAUAAUUUAAAUACACUGCUAAAGACUCACCUUUUAUGCUGUGACCCCAAUCCUGCAAAGAGCUAUGCUCAGAAAUAUUCUUAUUGACUUGCACUGGCCAGCUCAUACAUGUGUAAAGUUAAGCGUGUUUGUGAAUGUUUGUAGGAUCAAGUCCUUCCAUCGUUUUUAAAAAUAUAAAAUUCUCUAUCAGAGGCCAAAUUUUGCAGGUCUCAAAAUAUCACUGAAAUCAAUUAAAGAUUAAAUUUAGAGAAAAUGGUAUUUAAUGCAGCAAAUAUUUCUUAUUGAUACUAAAGCGGUAGCAGCUACCUUACCGGUAAAGCACAGAGUUCUUUGAAAGGACCCUGUGUUGUAGUCCAUAAUUAUGCCAAACACCCAUUGAUUCCAGUAGGAGCUAGUCUCAAAUUAAGGCCUGUGGAUUUAUCCUGAAUAGAUUACCUGCUCAUAGCACAGCAUUCCCUUUUUAUGCAU